AUGGCUUUGUGUAAGAUAAACACUUUCAUAAAUCUAUUAAGACAUAACACUCCAAAACCAAUUUUGUGUAAAUCAUUAAUAAAAACAAAUAGUGUCGGUUAUUCUAAACCUUUGUUAGUUGGUUCCCAACGCUGGUUAUUUCAUGAAAGCAGUAGAAAAGGGGGAUACGAAACAGAACAAAAAAUAUCAAAUUUUCAACAUCUUAAAAAUGGAUUUAAAGAACUGAAGGAAGAGUUUAAACUUUUUGGAGAAGAAGUGAAGGAAUUAAUCAUAACAGAUCCAUUAUUGGUUGCUAGACCAGGUGAAACAGACAUACUCUGGUGUUUCAAUGAGUCUAGUAAGUUGGACAGUUUUACAACGACCUGCGACAGUGACCACAAUGAAGGUUUUAGUAAAUGCAACUUUGACAUGAGCAGCGCCGGUAGAGGCCUGUUUCACGGCUACCUUGAUACUCGUGUACCGAAAGAUGGACGGAUAAAAAAGGCGGGCUAUUGUGCUAUAAGAUCGAAGAGAGUACGAAAAUCAUUCAAGCGGGCGGGAACGUACGACUGGCAUCUGUACAAUACUCUAGUUCUGAAGAUAAGAGGCGAUGGCAGGUCCUACCUGCUGAACAUAUCCUGUGAAGGAGUGUAUGAUAUCACAUGGAAUGAUAUUUAUCAUUACGUUCUUUAUACGAGAGGUGGACCUUAUUGGCAGAUUGCAAAGAUACCUUUCUCAAAGUUCGUGCUAGGUUCAAAAGGGCGCAUUCAGGACAAACAGACUAGGUUCCGAUUUGACAGAGUGACACACUUCGGCAUCUCUUGCGGUGACAAGAUCAACGGCAAAUUCGAUCUGGAAAUCGAAUAUAUUGGACUGGAGUUUGACCCCACUCAUAAUGAAGAAUUUGCCUACGAAAUGUACAAAACAGAUAAAUAUAUUGUUGGAGUUUAA